AUGCCCGCCGCCACCACCCCUCCACCGGCCUUUGCGCCCCUCAAAGCCACAAAACUAUUCACUCCUCUCCGACUGGGUUCAUGCACCCUCGCCCACCGAAUCAUUCAGGCGCCGUUGACUCGCAUGAGGGCGGAGAAGGAGAGCCGCGGUGUUCAUGUUCCAGCAGACAGGGCUGUCGAGUAUUACUCCCAGCGUGCUACUCAAGGUGGACUUCAGCUCACUGAGGCCACCGAUAUCUGCCUCAAUGCAUCGGCUUACCCUGGUGUGCCUGGUAUCUUCACAGCGUCGCAGAUCGCUGGGUGGAGAAAGGUCACAGACGCUGUCCAUGCCAAAGGCGGCUACAUCUUCUGUCAGAUUUGGCACACUGGCAGAGCAUCGGGCCCUGGCCUGCUUGGAGGGCAAACGCCUCUGAGUUCAAGUUCGAUUCCCAUGAGUGGGACGUACUUGGAUGGCAUGGACUGCGCAGCAAACCCACCACGUCCAAUGACGGUAGACGAGAUUGCUCAAACGACAGCGGAGUUUGCUGCCGCUGCAAAGCGCGCUGUUGAAGCUGGGUUCGAUGGGGUGGAGAUUCACAGCGCAAAUGGAUACCUCCUGGAGCAAUUUCUGCAUGACAACAUCAAUACCCGCACGGAUCAAUACGGUGGAUCGGUGGAGAAUCGGUGCCGAUUUACUCUGGAAGUGAUUCGAGCUGUAUGUGACGCAGUCGGUUCCAGCCGCACUGGCAUCCGACUCUCCCCGUUCAAUUAUUUCCAGGAUACAAAGGACAGCGAUCCCAAUGCCCAUUGGUCUUACCUCUGCGGGCAGAUCGCCGGCCUGCCAGAAUCCCAGCGCCCGUGUUACGUUCACAUGGUUGAACCUAGAUUCGAUGAGAAUCUUAGCGAGGAGGAAAAACUGAGUGCUCUGUCGGAGUACACAACCUCGGAAGAGGGAAAGGCGAAGAAGAUCCCUAUGAAUUCAUUGACACCCUUCCGCAAGAUACUUGAGCCGGCAGGAAUCAAGUUUCUUGCGGCGGGAAAUUUCAACCGAGACAACUCGGCAGCCAAGCUUGAAGCGGAUUUGGCGGAUGGUGUCGUCAUGGGACGAUGGUUCAUAUCGAACCCGGACUUGGUCGAGAGAUUAAGAAAUGGUUGGGAUCUCAACAAAUAUGACAGAACCACGUUUUACGGAGCAAGCCCUCCCGAGAAAGGAUAUAUAGAUUAUCCCGUAUUCGAGCAAGAAGUGUCCGCUUAG